UUUGCAACUUUCCAUCUGUACAUCCACAUGUCCAAAAAGACUGUAGCUCCAAAGGAAUCGAAUAGAUAUCUGUCAUCUAAAGAGUCAUCCUUGUUCAAGGAACUUCUGUCUCUGUAUGAAGCAAAACAGCUCAAGAAGGGCCUCAAGGCAGCCGACCAAAUUUUGAAGAAAUACCCCGAGCACGGUGAGACACUAUGCAUGAAAGGUCUCGUUCUGGUGCACAUGGGCAGGCGAGAGGAGGGGAUAGAGCUGGUCAGAAAGGGCAUCAGGAUGGAUCUCACUUCGCACAUCGUCUGGCACGUCUUCGGACUCAUCCAGAAAGGAGAGAAGAAGUAUGAAGACGCCCUCAAGUCCUACACACAAGCUCUCCGAUUCGAUAAAGAGAAUAUGAACCUUCUACGGGACGUUGCUCAGCUGCAAACACAACUGAGGCUUUAUGAUAGUCUUGUUGAGACGAGAUAUAUGCUUCUUAGACUGCGACCCACAGCGCGGCAAAAUUGGAUUGCGUUGGCUGUUGCGUACCACUUGAGCGGCAACCUCGCUGAGGCAACGAAGGUACUGGUUGAGUACGAGAAAACACUCAAGAAUGUUCCUCAUUAUGAUGUAGAACACUCCGAGACGCUACUUUACCACGUCCGGGUAUUGGAGGAACUAGAACAAUACACUGAAGCUCUCGCGUUGCUGGAUGUCAGUGCUAAAGAUCGUGCAAUCGUAGAUAAGACUGCUAUAAUGGAAAUCCGAGCCCGACUGUUAUCAAAACUGAGAUCGGCUGAGGCGGAACAUGCUUGGAAGGUACUGAUCGAGCACAACCCGGAAUGUUACGAUUAUUACAAAGGUUAUAUGUCGAACCAAGGUCUCAACUUAGAUGAAAAUCCCUCUGAAGCGCUUGUUAUCCUUCGGGAAUUCUCCACGCAAUUACCCAAGGCUAAUGUUCCCCGCCGAUUGUCCCUGUCGCUAGCAUCCAACGAGGAAUUUCAAGCACUAGCUCAGCCUUACCUCCUUUCCGGUUUGAAGAAAGGCAUACCCUCGCUCUUCGUCGACGUCAAAUCAUUGUACGUGGAUCACGCUAAAUUGAGAUCUCUACAAGACAUCGCAGAGUCAAUACGGAAAGAUACUACACCCGAUCCAUCUAGUGCGCCAUCUUCUACAUCUACGGAACCAACGACGUAUCUAUGGUCUCUGUACUUCCUCGCCCAACACUACUCUUACCUAUCGGAAUACUCAAAGGCGAUGGAACUUCUUGACCUAGCUAUUGCUCAUACGCCUACUUUACCGGAACUAUACACCUGCAGAGCUCGAACUCUUAAACGUGCUGGAGACUUCUUUGGCGCCUCGUGCGCGAUGGAGGAUGCGAGACUUUUGGAUGGACAGGACAGGUUUUUGAAUACCAAAAGUGCAAAGUAUAGGAUGAGGGCGGGUUUAAUUGAUGAAGCUAGUACAUUGUUAGGGCUUUUCACAAAGAAAGAUGCACCAAGUCCAGGGGCCGACCUAGAGGAGAUGCAGUCGUUGUUCUAUUUACUGGAAGAAGGAGAUGCACAUCAACGUGCAGGAAGGUUGAAUCUUGCGCUCAAGAAGUACACCGCUGUCCAAAGAGUUUUUGACGACUAUGAAGAUGACCAGUACGACUUUCAUGGUUAUUCCUUGCGCAAGUUCACUAUCAAUGUAUACCUAAACAUGCUGGAUUGGGAGGAUCAUCUCCGAUCACAUCCUAGUUACAUCAAAGCUGCUCUAGCUGCUUCUCGAAUAUAUGUUGACGUCUUCGACGACCCUAAGCUCGCGUCUAACAAUGUCGAUGGCGGCGGAACAGAUGCAGAGAAAAAGGCCAAGAAAAAGGCGAAAAAGGCUCAGAAGGAAAAGGAAGAUGCUGCAAAAAAAGCCGCAGCUACAGCCCCAACCACUUCGACGAACGAAGACAAAGGGCUUGACGUACCUUACAAAGAUGACGACCCAGAUGGGAUGAAGCUCCUGUCUUCACCAGAACCGUUGACGCUUGCUGCAAAACUGCUACAGCCUUUAACAACGCUUGCUCCAAAUAAUAUUGAUGUCUGGAUAUCAAUCUACGAUGUUGCCAUCCGUCGAGGAAAGCACCUGCAAGCAGUCCAAGCUUUAGCUCGCGCGCGAGCGUUAAAUCCGGAGCAUCCCGAGUUGCAUGUACGCAUUAUACAUGCUAAGCUUUCUGCUUCAACUAUUCCCGAACCUAUACCAUCUCCAAGUGGACCAGUCUUCACUGAGACGCUCGACAAGAUACUUCCAGAAGACAUUUCCCUAGCGACGUUUAAUUCACAGUAUCUACAAAACCAUUUAACAUCCGCCAAAGCAGUCUUGGCCGCUGCGCAAGCGUCUCGUAUGUUGGGGACGCCGUUACAAGAAGUGGAGGAUCUGGUAUUUACGGCGCUGCGCGAUGAAGUCCUGCUGGAUAUCAAAACUGCACUAGAAAUAUCUGGUUUCCUCAAAAAGAUCAAAUCAUUACGAGUGGAUGAAUUGCACAAGGCUCUCGAUGCCAAAUUCAUUAUGUCAACGGCUUUCAAGACACCGGAGGAGCUUGCAAAAAUACGGGAAGCGGUUUUGACGACCAAUGCCAGCAGCGGCAACGACAGGCCAGAUAACGAUACUAUACCUGUAGAGAACGAAACUGAGCUAGGGAGGGUGGAGGCUGGUGGAUCGGCGUAGUUACGCGACAUCUUUAUCCUAGACGCGCAAUUGCUCAAUAAUAUGUGCACUCCAUAUCUGCUUGAAUCGCAACG